AUGACCGACUCACCAAUCAGUCGCAAACGGCCAAACAGCACCGUCAGUACCCCGAUCUCCCCGACGGCCGACUCCCUCCACUCGCCGUCCUCGAGCCGCUCGUCCCCUUCCUCUCCAUCGUCGUCCUCAUCGCGAAACCCUCCCUACCUCCCAACGCGACUUGAAACCUACGUGCUGGCCCUGUACCCGACGCUCCUCGUCUUCGGCUCGGCGUUUGCCCUGCUCUCGCCGGCCGUGCGGUCGGCCAAGUACGACGCGGCGGCGCAGGCGCACGUGCAGGACUCGACGGCGCCGUCGUACUUUGCGCGCAAGGACAACAUCUUCAACGUGCUGUUUGUGAAGCGCGGCUGGGCCUGGAUCACGGGGGCGUUCCUGACCUUCCUGGCCACGCACCAGGGCAUCGCCCCGACGGCGGCCAAGGCCAGGGCCGCGGUGCGCUGGGCGCUCGUCACGGGCUGGUGGGUGCUCGUCACGCAGUGGUGUUUCGGCCCGCCGCUCAUCGACCGCGGCUUCCGCUACACGGGCGGCAAGUGCGAGGCGGCCGAGGCGGCGGUCCGCCAGGACGGCGUGGCCGGGUCGGCGGCCACGGAUGUGUUCAGCGCGGCGGCGUGCCGUGCCGCGGGCGGUCGCUGGCGCGGCGGCCACGACAUCUCGGGCCACGUGUUCCUGCUCGUCCUGGGCAGCUUCUUCCUCGUGCAGGAGGUCGGCUGGGUGGUGAUUCGCUGGCGCGCCAGGGGUUGGGAGCUGCGCGGCAAGGAUCCCCGCACCGUGGUUAUGGCGGACGGCGCGGUCAAGAGCGCAGAUGUCGAGGCCGAGGAUCUCUGGGAGAAGUCGCUGCUGGGCGCCCAGGAGGGCUGGUUGGAUGUGCUCGGUCUGGGGGGCAAGGUUGCGCUGGGCGUCGUGGGCCUGAGCCUUUGGAUGCUCCUCAUGACUGCCAUCUUCUUCCAUACGUGGUUUGAGAAGCUGACUGGUCUCCUGGUUGCUUUCACCGGCCUCUAUGGAGUCUACUUUGUGCCGAGAGUCAUCCCUGGUCUGAGAGGCCUCGUUGGCAUGCCCGGAAUAUGA